AACUAGUGCGCCGCCUUGUCUUUCAAUGGAAAUUUGAUCCUUUUCAUUCGAUCUUUAGAAGGAACCGAUGUGGAGAAUUUUCCAUUACGGCCUGCUGAAUCAGAUUGCGCGAUUCUGCUCUCGUAUGCUCUUUUGUUUUUGAGAUGUAUGGGUGAGAGAGAGAAGCUCGAUUGUAUGCUUGUGUGAGAUAAACAUCGUCAUCGCCAAGCCAAAUUUUUUACCAACCGGCGAAAACGAUGGACAGCAUAACGGAAAAGUGUGUGUCCUGCACAAGAAGUGAGAAAGAAACUCGCGCCAUUCGUCUGUGAUGUGAAGUGUUCAAAGUCGGAGGGAAAGUGAAUUAGCUGUUUGAUUGUCAGGAUUUGUCUUUUUCAAAUAAAAAGAAACAAGAGACUUGCUUUUUAAAGGCAACAGAAAAAAACGUGCAAGAAGAUAAUUAAAGGCAACAGCUGUACAGGACGCUUCCCGUAAUUUGUUUCCCAGUUUGUUAUCACAUUCGAUCCAACACAGACAGUCGCAACGAUGGCGGAAGCAGAUAUGCCAACGUUCAAGUGCGUUCUGGUGGGAGACGGAGGUACCGGAAAAACUACUUUCGUCAAGCGUCACAUGACUGGUGAAUUUGAGAAAAAAUACGUGGCCACGCUGGGAGUUGAAGUGCACCCUCUUGUGUUUCACACGAAUCGAGGCGCCAUCCGAUUCAACGUUUGGGACACAGCCGGGCAGGAGAAAUUUGGCGGUCUCCGAGACGGUUACUACAUCCAGGGACAGUGUGCCAUCAUUAUGUUCGACGUGACGUCCCGAGUAACGUACAAAAAUGUCCCCAACUGGCAUCGAGAUUUAGUACGAGUAUGCGAAAAUAUUCCCAUUGUCCUAUGCGGUAACAAAGUCGACAUUAAGGACCGUAAAGUGAAAGCCAAGGCAAUCGUAUUCCACCGGAAGAAGAACUUGCAGUACUACGAUAUUUCCGCCAAGUCUAACUACAACUUCGAGAAACCAUUCUUGUGGCUGGCUCGGAAGCUGGUUGGCGAUCCAAACCUGGAGUUUGUAGCAAUGCCAGCUCUGCUGCCACCAGAAGUUAAAAUGGACAAAGAUUGGCAGCAACAGAUUGAGAAGGAUCUCCAGGAAGCGCAAGCGACCGCAUUGCCCGACGAGGACGAGGAUCUAUAGAUUUGGAGCAUCGUGAUCAUCUAUCAACAGUGAACUUUACAUUUAAUAAUAAUUAUGAAGGGUUAUAAUCGAAGCCACGUUUGGGUCAAGCGGCAGCGAACUGUAUCGUUAGGAUAAAGAGCGAUUAUGCGUGUUAUAAUUUAAUGCUAGCAGAUACAAGGCAAUGUAAGAAUUGUAGAUCUAGUUUGUUCACAUUCACUCAUAGGAAAAGCACUUAAACAGAGACUAACCAACCAAAAUUUCUCUUAUUUGCUGUUGGCUACCUAUUGUUUCUACUGUUCGUUUUAUUUUUACACAAUUUGUUAGUUACACCGAGAUCAAUUGUUUCCCCUGACUGUGUUUUCCGUUUUCUGCCCUGAAUGUAACUAAUUUUACAAUCAGUUACUGCAGAAAGCUUAUUAAUUUUUCCGGAUUUGAGAAAUAAAGUGAACAUUUGAAUCGUAAUCGAAAAAAUAACUACGAUUAUAUCUGUUCAAUAGUAAUUGUACUUUUGCUUUAGUUUUUUUAUGCACGUUGGAUAUUUUUGUCGGAAAACAGGCUCUAAAAGAACGAGAUUUGUGCUGUUUCGGCUUAAAGGUAUCUAUGUUGUCUAGCAGUGAAAUUAAACGCUUUCCCAGUAAGAGAACUGAAAUUUAUGAAUGUCCAUGGUAUGAAUGAUGAGUUUGAAUAAAAACCAAUUUCUUCUUAAUAUAA